AAUGCAGCAUUGCAGUAGUUUCCUUUUUAAUUUUUCUGUUUCAUGCUUUUAUUGUCUGUCUUUCCACCUGCAUUUUUUUGGCCCAGAGAAGCAUCCCUGUACAUUUCAUACUAUUCUUCUAAUUGGUCUCUAGGGGGAGUGCUGGUACAUUCAGGGUUCUGAAAGUCCUCUGUUCACCCACUUCAGCCAAUCAGAUUUCCUCUCACCUGUCUGACCAUGCCCCCGAGAGUUACGCUUACACACGCAGCAUGGCAUCGCUUGGGAAUACGAACAGGAGCAAAUAAUUGGGCUGUACAUAAAGCGAUCAACAGAGAUGUGGGAUCAGUGAGAUAAUAUCGUUAGGAAGAGAAGUGAACAUGGAUGUAAGAAGAGACUGAAGGUUAGGCGUUCUGUAUCCUUGGUAAGUUUAUUGCUGUUAUUGGAGAAGCAGUGGGAUGCUUUCUGCUGACUGAAAAGAAGACGAAUGUUCUAAUUCCAUCUCAGAAAAAAAGGAAACGCAUACAGACCAGGGCAAUUUUAACAACAAGCCUUUAGCGCGAUGUCAUCAGGGGAUGGUGCCUUUGAGGAGUUGCUGAUUGGCAGUUUCCAAGGUGAUGAAACCCAAAGGGUGGGGUUUACCGGUGAAGGGCGGAGCCCAGCUGAAGGACAUGAAAACUUUGUACCUAUGUCUCCAACUGUGCCACUAGAGGGCGAUAUGUCUUGCGGUGGUUGUGGAGGUCGUGUCUGGGACCGGUUCAUCCUGUAUGCCGUGGGGCAGGCGUGGCACAGCACCUGUCUGCGCUGCAGCCUGUGUCAGUGUGAACUGCAGAUGCAUCCCUCCCUCUUCUGUAGGGAUGGGAAAAUCUACUGUCAGCAGGAUUACUACAGCUUAUUCAGUGUGGGGGCAUGUGCUCGGUGUGCCCAACCAAUCCCAUCUUCCACUUUGGUCAUGAGGUCUGGGGCUCUCACAUUUCAUCCUCAUUGCUUUACCUGCCAGGAAUGUAAUGUCAUUUUGCUACCUGGAAGCCUGUACUUCUUACAUGGGAGGAACCUGUAUUGUGAAGCUCAUUACCAUGGCAGCAGCAUGACAAACCUGUCUCAGCACUGUCAACUUAGACAUAAAGAGGGAGAUGGUGAGGAGCCAGUUAGCAGCCCUGAGAUUCAACCGGGGGAGGGGGCAGCCGGGGACAAGACCCAGGCCAGAGCUAAGCGGAUCAGGACAUGCUUUCGCAGUGAGCAGCUAAGAGCCAUGGAAUCCUACUUUGCCCUCAAACACAACCCAAACGGAAAAGACUGGAGCUCCCUGUCAUAUAAAACAGGUCUUCCAAAGAGGGUUUUGCAGGUGUGGUUUCAGAAUGCUAGAGCCAAACUCAGACGCUCCCUUUCCAUCAAUGAAUCACAGAGCGGUUCCCCAGCCCCUCCUCCAGCCAGCACCACGACAUCAGCCUCCAUGUGUUUAACAAACUCCCAGCAGCCACUGGCCUGUGAGACCAGCACCAUCGACCAGCUGGAGCUGUCCCUCCUGACGGCACCUCUGGAGGAAGCACCGCAGAGUCCCUAUCAGCAGUCACAAGGAUUCAAAGAUUCUUUUUAUUUUGACAGCAGUACGGAGGUCAGGGCUGGACUCUGUCCAUUAACAAGUUUUGAAUUAGAGGAGUCUGGCAUCAAAGAAGAAACUGGCGAAAAUUAUCAUUAGAUUGUGUCGUUAUACUUGUACUCACUGUUGUUAAUUAUCCAGCUUACAGUUAUUUCUGAACACAACAGAGCUUGGAACAAAUGUUUGAGCCACAUUGCAGACUAUCAUUAGUUUACAGUUCUUGUAUUUGUAUAUAGUCAUAUAUUCAGUAUUAGGGCAUUUUACUCCUCUGAUUUUUUUACAAAUGAGUUUUUGUUUUUUUUUUUAUUCUAAAUAGCAGAAGAACUCCACAGUGGUCAAACAUUUUAAUACCUCUUAAGGGCUCGACUAAUACUUUAAAGAUGCCUAAAGCACGGCUUUCGAUAUAAUUUUAUGUGUGAUAUCUGUGUCAGUCACGAGAUAGGACAGAUCUGUGAGUCCCACCAGAAACAUGAUAACACCCAAAGGUGGUUUAGAUAAAACUUGCACUUUCUUUAAAUGAAAGCGAAUAGAAAAUUCUAUGUCCAAGUGAUUAUAGAUCAGUAAUCUAAAUAAUAAGUGUAUUAGGGAACAUAAUCACAAAAGAAGGAAAACAACAAGGACAGGACCUGAACAGAAGAAGGCGUGCAAGGUCCAAAGUAAGUGUGCAGGUGAAAGGAGGAAAGUUACAGUUACAGUUACAGUUACAGUUUGGGCCCAAAUAGGACUCGAGCACAAACAAGAAAACUACUCAAAAUAGUGUCUUUAAUUAAGGACAGGCAAAAACGCCAUGGUCAAACAGGGCAGAAUUGGAAACUGGAAACAAGCAAGCCAAAUCGACGGACAAAGUCGAGGUUGAGGGACAGGCAGGGCUUAGGCAAUGUGCAGAACAUGGGCAGGACAGAAAAUUAGGUAGUAACCAGGAGGCAAAAUUCACAAAGAUUGCACAAACCGUCAGACUGAACUGGAUCGUCACACACUGGAGUUUAGUAGACGCUGUAGUAAAAUGGUAAACAACCAAGACGAUCGUCUGCUGGGAGGGGAUGUGGCUAGACAUGAAAAACACCUGAGCAAUCCAGUUUGACAGGUUCUUCAGGGCUGCAUUCGUAGAGAUUAGUGAGGGAUGUAGCAAGAGUCUGUAUAGGAGAGAGUAUAGAGGGCACUUCCUGGGGGGCAUCGCUGACGAAUGUAAACAGUACAGAUUAGGGCCCCCAGGUUAGAGCCAACACACACUUAUGCCUUAAUAAUAGUGCAGCAUAGAAGUAGGUGUGGAAUUAAAGGAAAUUGAGAAGUAUGGAGUGAUGAUGUGUUUACAUUUGUGCAUUGGAGGUGUUUUAAUUCCAAUCAAAGUAGGAGUUUCAUCCUAGUCCUGAUGUGUCAUGCUUUUUUAUGUAAGCAUGAUGAAUAAAAUGAAAUUUGUUCUUCUUUUGGUUGAUUAAAUGCAGGAAAAGUAAAUGAUCGUAAGUUCAUGUCGCAUGUAUUGCAACCCAGCAGUUUAACCAACUGAUUCGAUAUCGGGAGCAGUCCAUCACAAACUACUGGUGACGUGAUAGAAAAGAGGUGACACAAUAUGUUAUUAAAGUACUGUAGCGGAGGGUUAGGCUGCGUUUUUUUGGCGCGAUUUUGAAUAUCACAUUAAAACAAUGACUGGAAAUGUACUGUAUGUCAAAUUGUCAUUUACGGACAUAUUAUUUUAGUUUGAAAAUAAUCAAAAGUCAAACAGAAUGCUCUUCAUUAAUCUUUUCAUAGACCUAAUAUAUGACAAAUAUUUACACAAAUGGGCUAAAGAAAG